CUAUAAUAAUUAAGUGUAAGUGUACUACAGCGGCAGUUUCCAUCAGUUCUUCGACAGUUCACACUCAAGAUCUAGAUACACCAGCAUAUAGUUAACUACAAGUAUCAACCUUAUUCCUACAGAACAACUUAAUACGCAGGACACGACAAAGUUAAUGAUGUCAAGUCGAGAAAAUCAAAGUAGCGAAGACAUCGAUAAAUACACAAGAGAUGCAACUGAACGGUAUGAACUUGCAGAGGCAAGGAACGCCGUUAAACACAUGGAAUGUUUUGUGAAAAAUUUUAAGCAUAUUGUCGAUCAGAAUUCUGCCAAACCGGGGGAUUAUGAUAAAUGGACGGACAAAGAAAAAUAUGAACAUGUAAUAGAUAACCUAAACACAUAUGCACCAAGUGUACCGGACUCCUUGUUAUUCCUCAUAUCGGGCGCAUUGCAUCGAGGAGAUUGCAAUCGAAAUUCAACGGACAAACCGCUCUGGUUAGACAUGGAAAAGUUCCAGAGAGGUCAAAAGUUCGCUCAAGGUCACAUGUUUUCGAUUCUUUUCGCUAACGUGUUAUCGCCUCUCCUGGUAUACGCUUUCCCAGAAGCUUUCAAACCACUAAUCUUGAGCCAAAAAUCUCACACGCCGUAUUUAGCAUUCAAGAGAUAUAAUUUCUGCCGCGGCAGUCUGCAGGAAGUUAAGGAAAGAUCGCACGACUUUAUCGAGUUUGGGCUAAAACCCUACUGGCGACAAGCAACGCCCGAAUGGGAACAUAUGAUGAGAUGCUUAAUGGAAUUUUUUAAUAGCAAUUCAAGCGCAUUCCAGAUGUUAUUACUGCUAUUCGCCGAUUUAUUGAAUAUUGAUAUGCCACGUCUACGGAAAACGCUUUCUUAUUCUGAACGGUUUUAUCUUAUUCUUCAACGCUUUAUAUUUCGCUAUGCCAUGAAGUUACGAUUCGUACGAGAGUAUAUGAACGAAUGGGCUUGUAAGUUUCUCGAGAAAGCAGUCAACUUUGGACCAGAAAUACAUGAAAAACUAAAGAAAAAAUCUGAAAGGGUUUUAAAUAAGGGUCGACAACAAUUGUAUGGAGACUCGAACUAAUAUACUCCAACGAAUUAAUAUAUGUAUAUCAUAUAUGGGUGACGCUAUUUCAUACUUUAACUCACUGUCUAAUACGAUUAAAUAGCACAUCUCUACUAUUGUCCUAUACGUUAUUGUUAUUAUGUAUUAUAAAUUUAUUUUAUAUCAUCCACAUACACUCAGUCG